UUCAUAAGUGCAGUGGUCAGACGUGCAGUGAAAAUCCAUAGUGGUGCUGACAUAAGCUGAGCCUUAGGUCUUUUGAAGGAGUAACUGUUUCCUUAGUUUUGGCGUUUUGUUUUUCAUUCCUUUUUUUUCUGUAAUUUCUGGAAACAGAGAUGGAUAAAAAUGUAAGUCAGGCAAACAGCUGUGAACGCCUUGAUCCACCGACUGCAGAACAGAUACUGGCUGAAGAAGAUCCUACUAGAAGUACUCUUUAUGCAGUUCUUACAGUGAUGGCUUUAGCUGGCAUCCUGGUCUAUACAGAAGAAGUUAUCUAUAUACUAAGAAAAAUUCCUCCAUCUUAUAAGAGGACAACAUACAUAUGGAUCACAGGGGCGCCUACAGUUAUUGCAGCUACAUCCUGUACAGGCCUGUGGAUACCACGAUCAGCUAUGUUUACAGAUUUCACAGCAGCAAUCUAUUUUACCAUCUGUAUCCACAAGUUUCUGGUGAUGAUGAUUGAAGAAUAUGGAGGUGAUGCUAGCUUCAUUAGUAGGUUAAAGGACACUCCAAUUAAAAUUAGCACUGGACCCUGCUGCUGUUGCUGCCUGUGUUUACCUGAAGUGAAAUUGUCAAGGCGAACUCUGAACAUUUUAAAAUUCGGCACCUUGCAGUCAGCCUUACUUCGGCCAGUCUUCUUGUUUUUUGCAAUAGUUCUAUGGAGUAACGGUAACUAUGAACAAGGAAAGAUGGAUAUUAAAGGAGCUUUCUUUUGGAUCACAAUACUUACAGUUAUAACUUUCAUCAUUUCACUCUGGCCUCUUGGAAUUCUAUUCUACCAGGCAAAAUCAAAUCUACAUCAUCAGAAGAUAAUUCCCAAGUUUAUUUUAAACCAGUGUGUUCUCAUUCUGUGCCAGGCACAAGGUGGAAUUUUAAGUAUAUUGGUUGCUACACGAACCAUUGCCUGUGCACCUCCAUUUUCAUCAAGGGCCAGAGGCAUAUUUAUAAAUCACCAGCUGCUAAUCAUGGAAAUGUUUGUCAUCAUUUUACUCUCCCGCUGCUAUUACAGAAGAAAAUACAAUGAGCUGGACAUGACUACAAUACAGUCAGUGGACCUCAGUACAAUGGAUAUCUCAAAGCAAUCCAAUUCAAAACAAAUAAAUGGCAGUGUUCAGUGGGUAUAGUAUUUUAAAAAAAUAAAAUAAAUGUUUUAAUCAAAUA